AUGGCAGAGAAGGCAUUCAAGUACGUGAUCAUCGGUGGUGGAGUCGCUGCCGGAUAUGCUGCCAGAGAAUUUGCCAACCAGGGAGUUAAUCCGGGUGAACUGGCUAUCAUUUCCAAAGAGGCGGUGGCUCCUUAUGAACGUCCAGCACUUAGCAAAGCAUAUCUAUUUCCUGAGGGAACUGCAAGACUUCCAGGUUUUCAUGUGUGUGUUGGAAGUGGAGGAGAGAGGCUUCUUCCUGAGUGGUAUGCAGAGAAAGGGAUAUCUUUGAUCCUGAACACAGAAGUAGUUAAAGUAGAUCUUGCUUCAAAAACACUUAUCAGUGCAGCUGGCGAAACAUUUAAAUAUCAGAUACUGAUUAUAGCAACUGGUUCUACUGUUGUCAGAUUAUCAGACUUUGGUGUACAAGGGGCUGAUGCCAAAAAUAUUUUUUAUUUGAGAGAAAUUGAUGAUGCUGAUAAACUUGUUGAAGUAAUCAAAGCAAAGAAAAAUGGAAAGGCACUGGUUGUUGGCGGUGGAUACAUUGGUCUUGAGCUUAGUGCAGCUUUGAAAAUUAACAGCAUUGAUGUCAGCAUGGUGUACCCUGAACCUUGGUGUAUGCCUAGGCUAUUCACUUCCGAGUUAGCUGGCUUCUAUGAAGGUUACUAUGCAAACAAGGGAAUCAAAAUCAUCAAGGGGACAGUAGCCACUGGGUUUGGCACAAACGAAAAUGGAGAGGUUACAGAUGUAAAACUUAAGGAUGGUAGGGUUAUGGAAGCCGAUAUAGUUGUUGUUGGUGUAGGGGGAAGGCCAGUAACAAAAUUAUUUAAGGGCCAGGUUGAAGAGGAAAAGGGUGGAAUCAAGACGGAUGGUUUCUUCAAAACAAGUGUUCCUGAUGUAUAUGCUGUGGGUGAUGUUGCUACUUUCCCUAUGAAGUUGUACAAUGAAAUGAGAAGAGUUGAACAUGUUGAUCAUGCUCGCAAAUCUGCUGAACAAGCUGUAAAGGCAAUUUUCUCAAGUGAACAAGGAAACUCUAUUGAUGAAUACGACUACCUUCCGUACUUCUAUUCCCGUGCAUUUGAUCUGUCAUGGCAGUUUUAUGGUGACAAUGUAGGUGAAACCGUGUUCUUUGGAGAUGGCAGCCCCACAUCUCCAACUCACAAGUUCGGAUCAUAUUGGAUCAAAGACGGGAAGGUUGUUGGUGCAUUUUUGGAAGGUGGUACUCCCGAAGAAAACAAGGCAAUUGCCAAAGUUGCAAGGGUUCAGCCUCCAGCACACAGUUUGGAUCAGCUAGCCACAGAGGGUCUCACCUUUGCCUGUAAAAUUUGA